AUGGAGAUAUUAUUUCUUUGCCUGGCGUGUUCCGUGGAGAGUGGAUCCAUCUACCUCCAGUUCACCUGCUCCACGCUGCUGCAGCUCGAGGUCAUUUUCGAAGUGCUCGAGGAAUACGAUUGGACGGCGUUCUCGGUGGUCACUACGCGUCACCACGGGUACGAGGACUUCUUAGCAAUGGUGGAGGGCAUGACGGACGGCUCGUUUAUCGGGUGGGAGAAGAAGAGCGUGGUGGUCCUCAACAUCACGGACGAUCCGGGAGGAGCCAGGACCAAGCGCCUGCUCAAAGACAACGAAGCACAGGUGCGUCUGCUGUACUGCUCGCUGGAGGAGGCGGAGCUUAUCUUCAAGGCGGCGUGGGCGGCGGGGCAGGCGGGGCCCAGUUACAUGUGGUUCGCAGUGGGACCGGCCCUGUCCGGCCUGGGGCUGGAGGGACUGCCCAAGGCUCUGUUCGCCAUCAGACCGCAGGGAUGGAGGGAUGAACCACGGAGGAGGAUAGCCAAAGGCGUGUCUGUGCUGACUCACGGGGCCAUGGCCCUGAGGAGGGACCAGGGGCCUUUGGGGAGGACUCUGUACGCAGGAAACUGUCAGAGUGACGGGAACCACACGCACCGAGUGCCUGACCGCAUCAAGUACUUCACCAACAUCUCCAUCGGGGGGCGUGACUACUCCUUCAGUAACGAUGGAUACCUGUCCAACCCUCUGCUCGACGUCAUCUCCUACACCAACGGACGCGGCUGGGAGGAGGUGGGCUGGUGGGAGAACGGGCACCUGCGUCUGCGGUACCACCCCUGGUCUCGUUACGGGUCCUUCCUCAAACCCCUGGACGACGCGCAGCACCUUCGGGUGGUCACUCUGGAGGAGAGGCCCUUCGUCAUCGUGGAGCCCGCCGACCCCGGGACCAGCUCCUGCAUCAGGGACUCUGUGCCCUGCCGCAUGCCCAUCAACUCCAGCCUGGUGAUGGAGGGCACCGUUCCCAUGAAGCACUGCUGUAAAGGCUUCUGCAUCGAUGUCCUCAAACGUCUCGCCAAAAUCGUGGGCUUCACCUACGACCUUUACCUCGUCACCAACGGUCGCCAUGGCAAAAACAUCGACGGGGAGUGGAACGGCAUGGUGGGAGAGGUGGUGUCGAACAGAGCGGACAUGGCGAUCGGCUCGUUGACCAUAAACGAGGAGAGGUCGGAGGUCGUGGAGUUUUCUGUCCCGUUUGUGGAGACCGGGAUCAGCGUCAUGGUUUCCCGAAGCAACGGCACCGUCUCCCCCUCCGCUUUUCUGGAGCCGUACAGCCCGGCCGUGUGGGUCAUGAUGUUUGUCAUGUGUCUGUCUGUCGUCGCGGUAACCGUCUUCAUCUUUGAGUUCUUCAGCCCCGUGGGAUACAACCGCAGCCUCCAGAGCGCCAAAAAGUCUGGAGGGUCAAAGUUCACCAUUGGGAAGUCAGUGUGGCUGCUGUGGGCUCUGGUCUUCAACAACUCUGUGCCUGUGGAGAACCCCAGAGGAACCACCAGCAAAAUCAUGGUGUUGGUGUGGGCUUUCUUCGCUGUGAUCUUUCUGGCCUCGUACACAGCUAACCUGGCCGCCUUCAUGAUCCAGGAGGAGUACAUCGACACGGUGUCCGGCCUCUCCGAUAAGAAGUUCCAGCACCCCACAGAACAGUACCCCCCUCUGCGCUUUGGCACGGUCCCAAACGGAAGCACGGAAGAGAAUAUCCGCUCCAACUAUCCCAACAUGCACCAGUACAUGAUCCGGAACAACCAGAGAGGAGUAGAGGACGCCAUCGACAACCUCAAGACUGGGAAGCUGGACGCGUUCAUUUACGAUGCCGCUGUGCUGAACUACAUGGCCCGGAAAGACGAGGGCUGUAAGGUGAUGACCAUCGGCUCGGGGAAGGUGUUUGCCACCACGGGUUAUGGCAUCGCUCUGCACAAGAACUCCCGCUGGAAGAGACCUCUGGACCUGGCCCUGCUCCAGCUCGUCGGAGAUGAUGAGAUCGACAUGUUGGAGAGGCUCUGGUUGUCCGGGAUCUGCCACAACGACAAGAUCGAGGUGAUGAGCAGUAAGCUGGACAUAGACAACAUGGCGGGGGUCUUCUACAUGCUGCUCGUGGCCAUGGGGCUGAGUCUGCUCGUGUUCGCCUGGGAGCACCUGGUCUACUGGAAACUCCGGCACUGUGUCCGGAGGUCUGGAGGAAUGGACUUCCUUCUGGCUCUGAGCAGGGGGAUGUACAGCUGCUGCCAGUUCGAAGACGAGACGACACCAGGGGGCAGUAAGGGCUCUCUGCCCCAGUACCACUCUGUGAGCAGCAUGCCCAGCGUACCCCAACAACACCUGGUGACCGCUACCGUCAACAACACCACCGCUAUCGCCAUGGUACAGCAACAACCACAACAAAAACUCCACCCCCAACCACAGCAAGGCCAAACUUACACCACCAUGCUCCCGGGAUCUCCACCUACUUCUGGACACUCUGCGAUGGCUUUGGGACCUUCCAAUAGUCCGUUACUCGAAGGACCUAUGCCUUGUUCGACGUUCUUGCCUCGUCACGAUCGCAGACUCGCUGUUGUGGAUCGCUGGAACAGGCCAAAACCGGAAAAAGUUUUGAGUGCGGGGAGUAGCAGUGGUGGUAUUGGAAUUGGAGGUAUUGCUGGUGGGAUAACGGAAAUACCAUCUCAAUCGCAAUAUCAGCAAAACAUCGGGCAGCACUGGAGUUUGCAAGGAGGUGUUCCAACUGCAGCGGGUGUAGAUACCAGUUUAGAGGAGUACAAAAGGUACUAUGGACCUAUCGAUCCAGAGUUGGGAGCAAACUCGGAACAACAGAAAGAAAAAUCUGCUGCAAAUUCGAGAGGGGUGAAAGCGUCAGGGAUGACAAGACCCAGUAAAAGUUCGCAACAAGCUUUGGGACUAAUGAUACCGAAACCACCGCCGCCGCUACCUUCAUCUCCGCGCAGGCCUCCGUUUUGGCGGAGAGGUAGUUUAUCGCAAGCGAGAAGGAAAAGCUCAGGCGGUCCGCUGUACGAGAAUAUUUUGCCUUUGGGGAGAAGGGGUGGAGGAAGGUACGGUCCAAAUGAAGGGAGACGGAGCAGAAGACCCCCGCCUCCUCCGCCGCUGCCCGUUCCGCUAUCCUCGCCAACCCAUACGCCAACCACGCCAUCAUCGCCAUGCCGAUUCUACUCAACCUGCUCAAGCGCGUCGUCAUCUGAAUCUUCCGAGUCUUCGUCAUCCUCCUCGUCCUCCUCUGCCUCGCUCUCCAGAUCAAACUCUCCAUCUUCGUGUUCCAGUGAAAGCUCAUACAAUUCUUCUCUUAGUUUUCGGUAUAGGGCGGGCGAUUUUACAGUCGACGAUGAUUACGAUUCAGAUUUGCUGACGGAGGAGUCUAGCCUACUGCUCGGUUCUCGAAGGAAGAUACGCUCACGCCGCAUGUCUUCGAGAUCGCUCCCCUGCAGUCCGCCCCCUCCACCGGUCCCGCCAAGAAAGCCGCGCCUCCAAAGAGAUUACGUAAGGGAGCGUACAAGCAGCCAGCUCGCACAGCUGCAAGAGUGGUGGGCGUCUUGGGCGGAUAGAGAGAGAGGGAGGAGGGAGUCGAAUACGAGGGCGGGGGAUGGAGGGGCGGGGCUCAGAGACGAGAAGCGACACCAUAAGGAGAGGGAAAGAGAGAGAAAGCGAAGAAAGAAAGGACGGAAGAAAAAGAAACGCGAAGAGAGGGAGAGAGAGAGGGAAAGAAAAAGGCGUAAGGCAAAAAAAAAAAGGAAAAAAGACGAUAAGACGCGAAAGAGGGAACGGAAGAGAUCGGAGCAAGACGGAGGAGAGGGAGAGAAGAGGGAGGAACAAAAAGCAGCAACGCCGGACUACACUUCGUACCCACCUUUAAGGCGAGAAUCGUUUAGGAAGAAAAGCGAAAGUUCAAUUCGGAGUUAUGGGUGGAAUAUACCUCCAGCGGACGAUGACAGGAAGGACGAAAAAGACAGGGAUGAAGGAGAAGAGAGCAGAAAGGAUAGACAUCUUAGGAGGAGAAAUAGCAAGCAUUACCAGAGUUCUAGCAGCAAGCCAACAACCUCUGUGAAAUUUUGGGGAGGAGGGAACCAAACUUCUGACUCUAUCCCGUCUGCCUUUCUGCCGUUGUUGCCGGUAUCCUCAAAAAGACGGAAAAGUAAAAGUUCAGACAGGGAUGGAACUGGGGUGGAGGGAGAGAGAAGACCGUUGCUAGGGAGGAGUGAUAGAGGAGAUGUGCAUUCAAAAGAAGGGUUGUCCUUUCAUGAAUGGGAGUCAGAUGUAGAAGACGAAUCGGAUCAGGAGAGACGGAAAGGAGAGAGAAAAAGACGUUCAGGGGGAAGAUCGAUUUCAGAUGAGGAGCGGGAUAAGGUAGUCGGGAUAUACUCGGAUGAUGAUGGAUCUUCUGGAGAAUUUGGGAAGUUUGAGAGGUACUGGGAGGAUCACGAAGGCAGAGCGGUGGGCGGGAUAGGAGGAGGUGGGUGGUUCUUUAGUACGUAUCCUUCUAGGGAAAAGAUCGGAAGCGUAGAGAGUCGAGAUGACCUGUUUUUGGAAAGAGGGGAUCGCUGGGGAACCACGGAGAGUGGGUGGGGGUCUGGUGGAGGAGGAGGAGGUGGAGAUGGAGGUGAGAGAGGCUGGGGAUCGGGUUCGCACUGGCCUCCUCCUCCCUUAACUCCUCCGCCUCCAAGACGAUACUGGUCCGUGGAUAAACUGCAUAUACAAGAUGAGAAGAAAAGCAAGCGGAAGUAUAAGGAUAAAAGCAGAGGGCAUGCCGCUUGUACCUCUUGCCAGUCUCCGCGACACCACCCGCACUCUGCCAAAUGGUCCCGAGUUACUUCCCGCAGCCAGGAGGAGCUGUACCACCACUGCCAGAGCUUUGGCGGAGGUCCCCUGAAACCCAAACAUGACUCUUCUUCAUCGUCCAAGCCGGAUCGCUCCCAAAAUCUGUCCAAAUCCGGCAGCCAGUCCAACCUCAGCGUGCAACAGCGGGGCAGAUCAGAUAGGGACAGGGACAGAGGGAGGCAGCCGUCGCCACCUUCUGGACUGAUCCCACCUACUGUCCCAGCUCUCCCUGCUCCUCCAUCUACGUCCCAUCCAAUCCACGCUCCCCCCACCUCCUCCUCUUCUGUCUCCUCCCCCUCUGUAGUGUCCUCCACGCCGGGCGCCCCUCCCUCCUCCUCCAUGGCCUCGGCAAGUGCCAAACUGCAGUAUCAGAGACUCCGCUCUGCCCCUCAGCCCCAGAGGUUCCCACAGUCUCCACAUUUACCCUUAAAAGCCAAGAGCAUGUGCUCGCGUCGGGGCUCAGCACACUUCUCUAGUGUGGAGAGUGAGGUCUGA